UGGCAUUGCAAACGCGACGGACACGCAGCCAAGAGUGGGUGCGCUGCAUAUCAGCCGGCUUCGUUGGAACUGCGCCGCCAUGACGACCCGCCGCGAUUUUACGGAGAGCGAGAUCACGACGCUCAAGGGCUUGGGGCGCGAAGUUUGCACAAUUGUCGCCUAUGCCGCACGGCGCACAGACAAUGCAACGGUCAAGUGGACGCUCAUCAAGCCAGCAUCAGCGACCGAUCCGGUGGAUUUGUAUGUCGGGGAGUGUUCGGUGAACGACACGCUGACGUUUAUGUGCGGCGUGACUCGUGUCCGCGGAGCCACAGUCGAACAAAUCGCAGGCGUCCUGAAUACAGAACCCGACAACGCACCGGCCUUUCAUGCUGCUUUCUACAGCGACUUGGGCCAUUACGAAAAGCUCGUGUCAAUCCGAGCGCAAACAAAGCAGUUUCCUCGACAUGCGAUUUCCGUCAAGACCAUGACCAUGGUCAGUCCCAGUCGGUCCGUCGCACCGCGAGACUUUGUCUAUUUGGAGGCCCAGGAAGACAUUCUGGACACAACGCGCAUGACCCGCGGAUGGGUGUGUGCGAUGCACUCGAUCGAUUACGCGCCGUUACCAGGACACCCGUCGCAGCGCCGCCCCGCACACGACUCCGUCCGCGGUCGGCUCUUCCGAUCUGGAAUCGUUGCCAACGAGACCAAAGAAGAAAACGUUGUGGAAGUCACGUACUUGCUGCAAAUCGACUUUGGCGGGAUGGUGCCGCUCGACAUCCGACGGCAAAUCAUGGCGUUGCGCCUGCACAGUCUGCGAUUCCUGAACGACCAUUUCCGAAAUAGCCACGACAAGGAGCGGGUCCGGUCGGUGUCGUCGGCGCCACCCGUUCUCUUGCCGGUCCGCCCCACCUCCGCAACAGUCGGCACCGACUCAUCCAGUCUACCGCAGUCCAACCACCUGUCAAAUCCUAACGGACAAGGCGGCCGAUUCUGCAUGGGAUGUGGGUCCAAAUUUCACUUGCUCCAGCGCAAGUACCAUUGCCAGGCGUGUGGAGAAAUUUUCUGCUCGCAUUGCAGUAUCCACCAACGCCUGGCACCUGGCCUUGGCGGUGAUAAGUUCUCGCUGUGCCAUGCCUGCGCCUCUCGUGAUGUACCGUCCAAGAAUGGCGGCAUGCACGCGAAACGAAAUCUUCUCAUGCUUGAAAACGGUCGCCGGUCCACGGCCUCGUUGCCGGCACCUGGAACGAACUCGAAUGCACCUCCAGCGUCAGCCAGUUUGGAUCGCAUGCGGCCCGUUGGAGCGUCGUCGAUGCACCAGAGAACAGAUCGACGGACGAGAUCUACCCCAGACAACUCGAGGACACGGUAUGUGGUUUCGCCGCAGGACAAGCCGUCGUUUCGACGAGGUCAGUCGUCUCCACAGCUCCCAUCUCGCACAGACGAGAAUGCCCGAUACGUGGCACCACUCCCACAGGACGACGCGUCCUUUAUGAGGAGCCGAUCGCCACCAAGUUAUGACUCAGGCGAGUCGUUUUACUUGGGUGCGACCCCGCCGCAAGUUCACGAUCGAUCAAACAACCCCAUCCAUCGCCAGCCGUCACGAUCUCAUCACCACCACUCUUAUCUACCGACGACUCCAGACGACCUCGCCACGUCUCCUGCGGAAGGGACGGUCGUCAAUUUGGGUGACAUUGGGAAUGCGGCGGACGCACUUGCCGCUCUUGCGGUUGGCCAACCCGUCCAUGCAAAUCGUCUUCCCGUUGUCCCGCCUGCCCCAGAUUCACCCGUCGCCCGCGGUCCGUCGCCCCGAGCGUCCUCGUCGUUCCUCGAAAACGAAGCGGACAUCCUCGAGAGCCUCGUCGACAACUCGUCCGAAUGGCGCGGGCAAGUGGAACCCAUUCGUCGGCCGCGGCGCGGCUCCGCCGUCGUUGAUCUCCGUGAUAUCAAGAAUGCAUCCGAGCUGCUUCAGAAACUGGACAACGCCGAGGCUGCGGGUUCAUCCAAGGCGCCUCCAUUUCAACUGCCGACACCACAUUCGAGCCGACCGCUUUUGGCUCAGCUCGCCAACCACCCGGCCAACCCUGACCCGGUUCCCCGCGAAUGCGAUGACGAUCCUAACGAUGCAAUGCCGCCGUCGCAACGCAAGAUAAUGUCGGUGGCGUCGCUGCCGUCAUUGCAUGCGAACGAAGAUGCUGUCACUUUCCAAACGUUCGCGCCGCCCUGUGUGUCCCGUGAAGCCAUGUUCGACCUCACGUUGUGGGCCUAUGUCGUCCACAACGAUUCUGGUCAAAACAUGACAAAGCCCCCAAACGACUCGGUGACCCCACCGUGCUAUGUACCUCUCCGGCGCGGAGCUGUUGUGCACGCGACGAUGGCUGGCCCCGAUGGCUUUUACAUCGCCUCCGCCCAAGACUUUGACCCAAGCAACAUGGACAAAUCGUCCAGCACUUCGUCGAAAGCGACGGCGACCUUCACGUGGGUCGGCGACUCAACCAAGGUGGUUUUUCACGUCCAGGGCCGGGGCAGCCACGACCUACUCAAGCUCGGUCAAGCCGUCUUUACAGUCACGAUCGCCGUUGGAACGCGCGUUGUCGUCGUGCGAUCGUAUAUUCAUGUCACAAGUAACCGGGGCGAGUCGUUCCAAGUGGCAGAGCUCCGUCAAGAAGCUGAUGCCGUGCCGGUUGUGCGCCGCCACAUUCCAUUUCACGACCUGCGCUUAGGCACACUUGCGUCGCACUCGCCAACGGGGCUGUCCUACCGCGCACGCUGGCGCGACCAAGAGGUCGUCGUGCGCCUUGUCCCGGCGCCCACUCAACCGAGCGAGGCCAGGAACAACGCAGACAACGAUCAACUUGCGACGGCAGCUGGGGCCGUGUUCCACCGACAUGCUGCCAUCCUGACUGUCCUCGGUUACCAUCCUCACAUUGUUUCGGUACUGGGUGCGUCGACAGACUUGGGCGAGCCGUGGGCAAUCGUCAGCGAAUGCACCCCGCUCGAACGCAAGCUUGACGACUUACUGCACCAAAACCACCACUACUCGUCGCUGAAUUCCCCGUCGCUGUUCCUGGCCGUCCAUGACAAAGUUCGCAUCUUGUGCGAUAUUGCCCUCGGUCUGUUGAACGUCCACGAAGCAGGGUUUGUCGUUCGAGAUGUGACGGCUCCGCACUGCGUGGUCCACACACUCACCCGGCGCGCCAAGCUGGUCGACCUCGACAUCUUCGUCCCGUUUUCAGCAGCGACUGCUCCACACCACGGCGCAUUUGAACACGAAACCAACAUGGCAGCGCUCAAGUACUUUGCCCCCGAGAGUCUUCAGCCGCCGCACGAGUUUUCAUUCAAGUCGGACGUGUACUCGUUUGGCGUGUUGAUGUGGGAAACGUUCAAAGAAGCGCGGCCGUUCGGGAACCUCACCGCCGCAGAAGCUGCCGCGUGGGUCGUGGAAGGCGGGCGCCUGGACCACAUCUCUGACAUUCCCGUGGACCACCGGGAUCUGCUCGUCCAAUGCUUUCAAGAGGUGCCGUCCAAGCGGCCCAGUGCCGCCGACAUCGUAGCGCAUUUUCGAGCGGGGCUAGUGUCAACGACGAAUUGCGCAUUACCCACGACGUCGUCGGCGAAAUCGACCGAGCGAGUUGGCAGUGAGACCUGUCCAUAGCCAAAAAAAACAAAUGUAAAUAAAACAAAUGUGGUUGACGUUUC